UCAGGCUCACAUGUGUCCAGCUCUGUGUCUGUGAAGAGUGACCGGUCAAAGGAUAAAGGACCAGUCUUCAGUGAAGAAACAACAUCACAAACCAAACGGCUUCAGUAUGAAACAUUAGAUCCAGAUUUACAGUCUCACAGAAACCGCAAGAAUUUUACAGACAGUCUCCUGCAGAUCUUCCAGGAUCUUGAGAGAAAAAUAUUCAUAUUUCUAAAGAAAGAACUGGAAAAGUUUAAGAAAAUAUUACAAAAAGAGGACUUGCAGAACUUUGUGAAGGACUUUAAUGAGAACAGAUGCAGUAUGAAAGAAGCAGCUCUUGAUCUCACGCUCUACUUCCUGAGAGAGAUGAAGCAAGAUGAAGCUGCUGAUACUCUAGAAAAUGAACUGUUCUUCAUUCAUCAGCUAAAGUGUAGCCUAAAGAAGAAAUAUCAAUGUGUGUUUGAAGGAAUUGCAAAGCAAGGUGAUGCUACACUUCUGAAGAACAUCUACACAGAUCACUAUAUCACUCAGGGUUGUAGUGAACAGGUCAAUACUGAACAUGAGGUGAGACAGAUUGAAGUUGCUUCCAGACGUCAUGAAUCACAGGAGAUACAGAUUGAGUGCAAACAUUUAUUUGAAACACCUGAACAAGACAAGCAGAUCAGAACUGUACUGACAAAAGGAGUUGCUGGCAUUGGAAAAUCAGUCUCUGUGCAGAAGUUUGUUCUGGAUUGGGCCGAAGGAAAAGAAAAUCAAGAUAUCAGCUUCACAUUUACUCUUCCAUUUAGAGAGAUGAACUUAAAGGAGAAAGAAAAACUAAGUUUGAUGGACCUUAUAACUCAGUUUUUCCCAGAGACAAAAGGACUGAACCUCACAAGAAGAAAUCAAUUCAAAGUCUUGUUCAUUCUUGAUGGAUUGGAUGAAUGUCGACUUCCUGUAGACUUUAAGGAUAAUGAGACGUGGUCUGAUGUUUCAUCACCUGUCUCUCUGGAUGUUCUCCUGACGAACCUCAUCAAGGGAAAUCUGCUUCCUUCUGCUCUCAUCUGGAUCACCAGCAGACCAGCAGCUGCCAGUAAGAUUCCUCCUGACUGUAUAGACCGGCUGACAGAGAUACGAGGAUUUAAUGAUGCACAAAAGGAGGAGUACUUCAGAAAAAGAGUCACGGAUGAGAAUCAGGCCAAAGAAAUCAUUGAUCAUGUUAAACAAUCAAAGAGUCUCUUUAUCAUGUGCCACAUCCCAGUCUUCUGCUGGAUUUCAGCCACUGUUCUCCAGAACAUUUCAGAGGAGAAAAGAAAUAAUGUUGUGAAAAACAAUCAGACUGAUGAUGCCUCCAGAACACUGCAGGAGUCAAAUACUGAAGACACUCCUAAGACUCUGACACAAAUGUACACACACUUCCUCAGAUUUCAGAUCCAGCAGAGCAGACGAAAGUAUGAUGGAGAACAUACACCAGAUGUUUCCUGGGAUAAAGAUGCCAUCUUUUCACUGGGGAAACUGGCAUUUGAUCAGCUGGAAAGAAACAAUGUAAUCUUCUAUAAGAGAGAUCUGGAGGCCUGUGGUAUUGACGUCUAUAAGGCAUCAGUGUACUCAGGCAUGUGUACCCAGAUCUUUAAGGAGGAAACAGGGAUCCUUCUUGGUACCAUGUACUGCUUCGUUCACUUGAGCAUUCAAGAGUUUAUUGCAGCCCUUUAUGCACAUCUGUUUCUAGACCUCAACAAGAAAUGUGUGUUUGAUCAAGGCUCUACAGAACGGGUAAAUAAAAGUGAAACCAUGAUUGAUUUGCUCAAGACUGCAGUGGACAAGUCACUAGAGAGUGAUAAUGGACACCUGGAUCUUUUUCUUCGCUUCCUCCUUGGUUUGUCACUCCAGUCCAAUCAGAGACUCUUACAGGGUCUGUUGACACAUGUAGCAGACAAUGAGCAGAGCAAAAAGGAAAUCGUUCAGUACAUCAAGCAGAAAUGUGAGUCUAAUCUGUCUCCAGAGAGAUCCAUCAAUCUGUUCUACUGUCUGAAUGAACUGAACGACCAAACUCUGGUGAAAGACAUUCAGACCCACCUUAGCAAAUUUUCGGAGCAGAAUAUUGAGAGGAGUGUCAAACCACGCAGUUGUGACGUUCGUGCACCAGAGAGACACAGGAGAGUGAGAGAUCCAAUUGCAGAUGUCUUUAUUAUGGGAUAA